AAGUUUGAUCCUCGCAUUAAACCUGCAAAUAAAUGCUUCGAUCAUAAAUAUGACAGAUCAAAGUGCUCGUAUAGUAAAUGGUGAACUGAUUACUAUUGACAAAGCUAAAUUUGUUGUGAAUCUACGUUUACAAGGCCUAUUCUUUUGUGGUGGAUCUUUAGUGUCACCAAAAAUUGUACUCACUGCCGCUCAUUGUGUCAUUUCGUUAAAAGUCUCUGAAGUGUCCGUAAUAGGAGGAGCUACUUAUCUUACGGAUAAGGAAUUUGAAAGUUCUGUUUCAGAAAUAUAUAUACCAGAAGAAUACAAUUUCCUAACCAACGAUAUGGAUAUAGCACUAUUGAUAUUAUCUAAACCCCUGGAAGGAGCUAAUAUUUCUACUAUAGAACUGUGUAAAACUAAAUGGAAUACUGGUGAUGAAAUGGCGGUUUAUGGUUGGGGUCGCAUUGCCGAAGACAUUGAAGAAAGCUCAAAUCAAUUAAGAACCGUAAACGUGCCAGUAGUAGAACAGAGCAAAUGCCGAGAUAUGUAUUAUGAAAAUAGUGAAAUAACGAAUUCAAUGUUUUGUGCUGGCGAUUUAAAGGGUAAGGAUUCUUGUAAGGCCGAUUCUGGUGGACCAGCCGUAUUGAAUGGUCAAUUGUGUGGUGUGGUAUCGUGGGGUGAAGGCUGUGCUCGUCACGACUUUCCGGGCGUUUAUGCAAAUAUCUUGUUUGCAAGACAGUUUAUUGAUGAUAUUAUGAAUAAGUAUGAAAGACAAUAAUUUAUUAUGGUCCUUUCCACAUUUUUAUAUUGAUUUCAUAUUUUAAAGUUUUGCAACUAAUUUAUUUUUAAAAUCUUAAAAUUAUCACAAAUAAAGGACUAUAUUUAAAACUGUCUAUCUUACACAACUGUUAU